AUGCAGCCUAAUUUAAUUAAAUCAAUUCGGCCGCUUACUGAAACUGAAAAACAAUUCAUUCCGGUUGAAAUCAUGGUCAAUGAUAUGAACACUUGGGAGCAAUACGCUGAAAAAGUGAUCAAUUUUACUUCGAGAUAUAACAUCAGUUUCAGUAUUUCGUACGCUCCGGACAACCUUGUGGGGAAAUACAGCAAGUAUCCAUCAUACGGGGAUUUCCCGGAGACGUACAGUUUGAGGUCUUACGGCAAGUGGUGGAAAGAAAGUGAGGCCCACCAACGGGAGUACAUGCCCCAGGAGAGUGACCCCUUGGGGGCGGAGGACUAUGUCACUUUGGGCUUUGAGCGGGCUGUUGUCCCACGUGACGUUUGCAUUUACGAAACGUACAAUCCGGGGGCUGUGGUCCGGAUUUGGGGCCGUUUCAGUGAGAGACAUUGGAAGUUGUUAUGGGAGGGCCCCCCAGAGGUGUAUCCCGAGGAAUCCCGCAAGUUUCAUCCCACCAUCACAAAAUACAACUGUCUGAUUAAGUCAGUUGGGGAUUUUCGUUUUUCAAGGUUUACCACACCAUUGAUUUUCAGCGAAAUUCGACUAGAAUUCAAUCAAAGUCAUCUGAAAUAUCACACAGCAAUCGAUGCUGUGCUUCUAGGGGGCUAUCAACCCAAACGCAUCCUCCAGCAACAUGUCUUACAAAACGACUUACUCAAUUGGAGAAGUUCAAAUGAUAGCCCCAAAAAACAAAUGACCAAUACUGUGAACGACAAUUGUGACUUUUUCUCACAUCUUCCUCACGAAGUAAUUUUGCAUAUUUUUCAAUAUUUGGACUUGAAAUCGUUGUGUCGUUGUGCCCAAGUGAACAAAACGUGGUACGAGGCCACGUGCGACCCCAUCUUGUACCAAAAUUUGACCCUGAAACGUUAUUGGCACCGAAUCAACAGCAAAAACUUAAACUUUUUCAAAAACCGGUGUUGUGGAAUCCGAAAACUCGACCUGUCGUGGUGUGGAAGCGACGACAAGUUUUUUUCAAGCACUUUUCUCCUAUUUUUGCACCACUGUUGCCAACAUCUCACCCAUUUAUCACUAUGUCAUUGUGAAUUCGUCAAUAAUGAAAUUGUUACGAAAAUUUCACAAUGUCGGGAAUUGACAGAAUUGCGAUUACGCAACACCAAAGCCGAUUAUUUCGCUUUUCAGAAUUUAGCACGUUUGAGUAAAUUAAACACACUAGAUUUGUGUUGUACUAGUGUGACAGAUGGGCCAUUGAUGGCAAUCCUGAAAGCCAAUCAGAAUUUGACACAUUUAAUGUUGGAUUUCUGUGAAAAUAUCGUGCAACUUGAUCAGAUUGUUGAAACUGUAGCCAAUCAUAAUAGAAGUUUGAGGACGUGGAGUUCAUUUAAAACCACAACUUUGACUCCUUCCGGUGGUUUACAUUUUUCCAGGUGUGCCAACUUGAGAGAGUUGGAUUUGGGUUGGUGCUUUUUGUUUGCACACCCUGGGGAUUGUUUAGAGAGAAUUGCUGCCAACUGUCCACAUCUGAAAAGGUUGAUUAUCUCACAGUGGAGGGGGGUCAACGACCAAAUGCUUUUACCAGUGGUCACAAAUUGUAAGGAUUUGACAUUGUUGGAUUUGUUAGGGAUUAAAAGUAUCACCGGUGAGAUAUGCGAGAGGGCGCUCGUGUCGUUAUCUCACUUAAAAUUGCUCGAUAUUAGUUUUUGUGAUUCUAUUUCCGAUAAUCAAGUUCUUUUGUGGCGUCAGAAUUAUCCAAAUGUCACUAUACAAAGGAGCUGUCAAUUUCUCGUCAUGGACUACUUGAAUUAACAUGUGAUUAAGUUUAAGGACCAAAUAUUGUGAUAUUGUUAGUAUUACCAACUGUUAUAAAUAAAUAGAACUAAAACAUG